CCCGGCGCCCUCUGGAGGAUAAUUUGGAAAAGCCACAAGUUGCUGUACAACACGCCUGCUCUUCGUUUCCAGGAAAUCACAUGAAACCUCAGUUGAGAAAAGUGGUUGCAAUAUGCUCCAUUUAGUCCUUCAGGACAUUGAGACGCGUCGCAUGGUGUUCAUCGCCACAGUCGAAGAGUCGAAUGGGAUUUUUGUGAGUGAUCGCUGGUGAGCUCUAGGCCCUUCAGUGAUGCCUCGGACCGUCGUAAGAUUCUGAGCCGAUCAGAGCUCCGCUUCACACAACAGGACGCUCCACAUAACUCCAGGAAGAGAGGUUUGACUCAUUGACUUGUUGAUGUCAGAUGUCUGAGCUUAACCCUGUGUGUACAUAAGCGUCGGAGUAACCAAGUAAACCUGGCCACUGAGUUUAUGAACCGUUUGGAGAGAGACAGGGGAUCAUGCUGCCUCCAUCAAGAAGGGAUUUUGUAUCUCUGACUGUCAGCGAAAGUGGCAGCUACACCAACAGCAAGCAGUGGCGCCGGCAGUCCUGCUGGAGGAAAUGGAAACAGCUGUCCAGAUUGCAGCGCAGCCUGAUCCUGUUUACACUGAUGCUGUUGCUGGUUGGAGGAAUCACUACAUCUCCUACUCUCAUAGGGCACUGGAGAGGGGAGAACGGGUACGAUGGAAAACCGCCAUUUGUUGUGAACCUGAAAAAUGAGUACAGGCCCAUUCUUCCUGAGCUGCCCUCUGAGAAAAAGGACUACCAUAGACGUGGACCUCCUGUCUUGCAAAACCAUUUGCAAAUCAAAACGAAUGUUUCGGGUCUGUUGGGAGUAGAGAAUCAUGGACUAGACCUGAAGAAUGCAGAUAAAGGAGGAAAGCCAGUCAUAAGUUGGCGUGGAGCUGUGAUAAAAGAAGAACAUGCAUCUGAUACUGACACCAAAGACACAGAAAUCCAAGACGACCCAGCUUCAAUAGCACUUGCUGAGAGCAGGCUGGAGGCUGUGAGAGAAGCUUUUAGACAUGCCUGGAAGGGUUACAAGAACUUUGCUUGGGGUCACGAUGAGCUAAAACCGAUCUCUAAAUCAUAUGGAGAGUGGUUUGGGCUUGGGCUGACCCUAAUCGAUGCUCUGGACACCAUGUGGAUCUUGGGUCUCAAAGAGGAGUUUGCAGAGGCCAGGCAGUGGGUGGCCAAAGAGCUCUCCUUCGAUAAGAAUGUUGAUGUUAAUCUGUUUGAGAGCACCAUUCGUAUUCUGGGUGGCCUUCUGAGUACAUACCAUCUGACUGGAGACUCCUUGUUCCUGGAGAAAGCUAAAGACAUUGGCUCCAGACUGAUGCCUGCCUUCAAUACUGCCUCUAAAAUCCCCUAUUCGGAUGUGAAUAUUGGGAAGGGGACGGCUCAUUCUCCGCAGUGGACUUCAGACAGCACUGUAGCUGAGGUCACUAGCAUUCAGCUGGAGUUCAGAGAGCUCAGCCGACUUACCGGAGACCCCAAAUACAAGCUGGCUGUAAUGGAGGUGAUGAAGCAGGUGCAUAAACUGGAUGGAAAGCAAGAUGGGUUAGUGCCGAUGUUUAUCAAUACCAACAGCGGGCUGUUCACCCAUCAGGGCACGUACACGCUGGGUGCCAGGGCUGACAGCUACUAUGAGUACCUGCUAAAGCAGUGGAUCCAAGGAGGAAAGACUGAGAAAGAAUUGCUGGAUGACUACCUGCAGGCUGUGGAAGGGGUGAAGAAGAAACUGCUGAAGAAAUCAACUCCUUCCGGCCUUACAUUUGUAGGAGAGCUGUCCCAUGGACACUUUAGUCCCAAAAUGGACCACUUGGUUUGUUUCCUGCCUGGUACUCUGGCAUUGGGGGCACAUUACGGCCUUCCUGCUGAUCAUAUGGAGCUGGCAAAACAGCUGAUUGAGACUUGUUACCAGAUGUAUGCCCAGAUGGAGACCGGUCUGAGCCCGGAGAUAGCUCAUUUCAACACGCAUGAUGGCAGCACACAGGAUGUAGAUGUAAAGAUUGCAGACCGGCACAACCUUCUGCGGCCAGAGACUGUAGAGAGCCUCUUCUACUUGUAUAGAUUCACCAAGGAUAAGAAGUACCAGCAGUGGGGCUGGGAGAUCCUACAGAACUUCAAUAAGUACACAAGGGUUCCCACUGGUGGUUAUACAUCCAUAAACAACGUCCAUGACCCGGCCAGUCCCAAACCUCGAGACAAAAUGGAGAGCUUCUUCCUGGGUGAGACUCUCAAAUACUUUUACUUGCUGUUUUCCGAUGACCCCAACCUUAUCAGCUUAGACAAGUACGUCUUCAACACUGAGGCCCAUCCUAUGCCCAUAUGGCCACAAUCAGAGUGAAGGACCCACGUGCACAACCAAACACACCUCUCUCAGGGCCAAACUGCCAUCUUUUUCUACACUAGGAACUCUUUGUAAUUGAAACUCACUAACUGGUAAAUAAUGUCAUAACACAGCCAUGACAAAAACUGUUUGUAAAUGUGUAGUUUCUGAUUGUUCUAGCAAUCUGUAUGUUUCUAUUAAUGGAGUUUCAGAUUUUUUACUCUAUUUCUGCUUUUAUUAGGCUGUCGAUCUGAAUUAGCCCAUUGAUUCAGUAUGUGCAGUCUCUUAGCCCAAGCACACAGACAAAAAUAUUCAUACUGUGAAACUUUAUGGGGAGUGCAAGCACUUUAUUGUGUCUUUUGGGGUUUUAAUGUGUGUAUAUUUUCUAAAUGAAUGGACCACUGCUGUUUUUGUUAAGGGGAUUUCGAGAGACUUUGACCAUCAUCUGAUGGUCUGUUUAGCUUUGUACAAGUGUUUUCUUUACAUCAUAAUUUCUAUUUGUGUUUCAGAUCUAAUAUCACAUAAUAAGAACAUGUAAAACAUUUGGUAGAUUAGUAUUCAGUCAGCAUUGUAUCGUUUUUAUCUUUUUAUCUUGAGACACAAGCAAGGGGAACUUUUUUUAUUUUUUUGUAAUCAUUUGAAAUAUUUCUUUUGUUUUGAGCUAAAAAACCAACCUUGCUGUGAAGGACUUUAAUGCCAUUCCUGUGAACAGGAGAAAUGUACGUUUUUGUGUGGAGUUUGGUGUUAGCAAUUAUUAUUUUAAUAUUUAGUUGCAGAUUUUUAUUCAAUUUGGUCCCAUUUUUUUGUGAUUGCAGAAUUUAGUAUUUUAAUAGAGCAUUAAUCAAGCACAAUGUUUUAUAUAAAUAUAAGGGUUUAUAUUAUGGCAGUUUUCACUCUUUCAGGGGACCUACAUCAGAGGUGAUUGUGUCAGUAGUAUUUUUGUGUUUAUGAAGAACUUUAUGGUAGUGGUAGAAUAUCUUGUGAAAUAUGAAACAUUGGAUUUUCUUUUCUUUGCGUGGUUUUCUCAGAACUUUAAAGAAUCUUCAAAAUUCCAAAUGUUUUCUUGCAAGAAAAAAAUGGGAUGUUUAGUUAUACAUUUUUCAUUACUUAUUGCAGAUCAGUUUGUGGGCCUGGUCUUAAAUAGCGUAGAAUGUAAAAAAAAAAAAAGUCUGGUAAUAGCCUGGGCCACCUACUUUUUUUUGACCAUCAAAGAAUAUUCCUGUUGUUUACACCGAUCAUAGGCGUAUUUUGUGCACUGUAUUUGAAAAGCUUGGUUGAACAUUAUAUCGCACAGUGCAGAAUCUUACAUUAAUAUUAUCCAGGUUUGUGUUAUUCUUUAGUAUGUACAUUAAAACCAUUGUAGAUGUUCAUCAAGGGCUGAGCAUUAACCGGUUUCUUGUUGUCGUGCCGUGGUGAGGUGUUCUGUUCCACGUGUGCCUUUACAUACAGAGCAAUGAUGACAAAUGUUGUCUAUUUUCAAUCCAGAGAAUCAAGUUCUUAUGAGAAAUCAAUCUAUUUUAAACAUCUUGUUCCUGUUGUGUAGCUAUCUGCGAUUUGUUGGAUUAUUGUGGAUAAGUACUUUUGUGAUUAUUUAUAAUACAAUGUGGAAGUGUUAAAUUAACUUGCUAUCUGUACACAAUUUCUGGGUGUAUUUUUUUCUGUAAUUGUGUGAGAAACUAAAGACUAUACGGACUACACUAAGCUACACGGUCAAAUGAACUUGUGUAUCUCAGAUUUCAAAUGAAGGGCUUUUCAUGCCUCA